CGAAAAAACGCACAUUCGCUGAAAAAUUGAGAAAACAUUUUAUUUCAAUUUGAACGACUAAUUUUAGUGUAUUUCUGUGUAUGUAGAAAAUGUUAUAACUAGAUGUUAACCGGAUUUAGCAUUUAAUGGUCUUACGGAAGAUGGAUAUUACAGUUUCUAAGGGCCGGGUAGGCGGCCUGGCGGCGGUGCUCGCCGUGGCCAACGUCGGGUCCCUUCUCGCCGCUCUCAACAUGGUUGCCGACCUGCACCCUUCUGACAAGAUCACUCCCCGACGAGGCUGCGUGCUAACACUCCUCGGCCUCGUUUACUUCACGACGCUGUUCGAGCUACUAAACAUGCUGGCACUGUCCACUAGCCUCCGACAGAAGUACCGGCUCAGCUGCGGAGAUGUCUUCGACGUUACCAACAAGUGAGUCAGGGGACGGGCUAACUCUAGGCCUCGUUUACUUCACGACGCUGUUCGAGCUACUAAACGUGCUCGCACUGUCCACUAGCCUCCGACAGAAGUACCGGCUCAGCUGCGGAGAUGUCUUCGACGUUACCAACAAACUAGUAUCAGCAGUGCAGGCAGCGUUCUCGUGCAUCACCGGCGGCAUCGUGUGCGCGUGGUCGUGCACGCGCGACUUCGCGCGCACCUCGCACUUCGUGUCCGAGGCCUACGCGUGGUUCGGCGCCGCUUACUUCUUCUACGACAUCUGGUCCAUGUACACGGUACACGUCCAAAUGACGGUAGGCGACGCCAAAGGCAAGCGGAAGCCCAAGAACGGGUCUCUAACAACCGUGCCUGUCAAGCCGGCGCCAUCCUUCUUCGCAUAUUGCAAGCAUGAGCCCGUGAUUCUGAUGCACCAUCUAUUCAUUGGAGGAUUUGGGUUCCUAACCAUUGUGUACCUCCGCGGCGGCCUUGGUGACUGUGUGUUCGGCUUUGUCUACCUGAUGGAGCUCUCAACCCCCUUCGUCUCCCUCCGAGGAAUCCUCUCACGCCUCAAGAUGAAGUCCACUCGAGUCUACCUACUGAACGGCAUAUUGAUGUUACUUACGUUCCUGUUCUGCCGAGUGUUGAGUCUGCCAUAUGCCUGUCAUAUGUACAGCAAGGCUGUGGGGAUGACUUACUUUGAGGCCGUGAAAUCCCUCCCAACAGGCUGCAAGGUGUCCAUCCUGAUCCUUCUGCUCCCGCAACUAUACUGGUUCUACCUGAUGUCAGCCGGGGCAGUCAAGGUGUUCCGCGCGAAGGCAGAAGAGAAGCGCAGUUGACCCAAGCGCAAGAGGAGGCGGUAGACUACUGGGAAAGGUGAUGACAGCUGAUACGGACGCGCAAUGUUUUUAAACUGUUUUAGUCAUUUUAGUUAGAGAAGUUAUAUGUGACGUUUUCAGGGUUAAGGCUCGACAAAAGCGUGUAAGCGGUGAGCUAUCGCUAAACGAACAAAAGAUAAUCGCUCCCGUGUAAAAUAACCUAACCACAGAAUUAAAAGUUUGAAAAGACCCCCGACCGCGACAUAGUGGACCGAUUUUCAUGAAACAUGGCUAAUAACA